CGGGGAGGUCAAAUUUAAGGUCAAUUAUGAGGCAGCGGUAAUACGAUGUACAAUGAGGAAUCGCUUGAGUCCAAAUUUACCGACAAAAUAUUCGGCUGCUUAUUCGUUUCAGUUAGUCUAAUACUAAUUGGACUCUGGGUUUAUGUGAUAGUAUUGUCAGAUUUAGAAAUACUUUUCACUAAUUAUGACUGUAAUGGAAACGUUUGUGGCAGUGAAAAGAAUCUUAAACCGCUUUCAUUUAUGAAGUUUAACGUUUCCAACCAGAAAUAUUUGCACCAUACUGAUUUUGAAAAUAAGGUUUUAUCUGUACCUGUUUGUGUCCAAAGAUGUCCAGAUCGCUUCAUAAAUUCUUCCAAACAGCUUUCAAAAUUUAUGAACUCAACCGGAAUAUUUCUGUGUGACCCUAGGAUUCCUCCACUGCUAUCUGA